CGGUGAAUAUUGGAGUAUAUAAUAUGUUGGCUAAAUCACUGGCUGCUGAAGGUUCGGCGUUCCACGUCACACUCCACUAGGAGGAAGAAAAACAAAACUACCUUCAAGCCGUUCUCUCCCUCUUCCAUUUCCCACACGUUUCGACCGAGAGCGAAAAUGCCGUCGGCAACCAAGAAGGAGGCCCCCAAAAAGACGGCCACGGCCGGAAAGGGCACAGCCGCUGCUGGCAAGGCACCGGCUGCAGCGGCAGGCAAGAAGGCUGCUGACUCGAAAAAGCCCGCUGCGCCCGCCAAGGCCCCAGCAGCUAAGGCCCCUGCAGCCAAGGCAGCUGAGCCCAAGAAGGCUCCAGCUGCUGCACCCGCCAAGGCUGCUGCCCCAAAGCCCGCUGCUGCUGCCCCAGCUAAGCCUGCCGCUGGUGGAGCCGUGAAGAAGGCUGCUGCCACAGUGAAGAAACCGGCACAGCCUAAAAAAGUUCCCGGUGGCGUUAAGAAGCCGGUUCCUAAGAAAAUGGUUCUGAAAGGUAAAGGGCAGAAGAAAAAGAAGGUGUCCCUAAAGUUCACCCUCGAUUGCACCAACCCCGUUGAAGACAACAUCAUGGAUGUUGCCAACUUCGAAAAGUACCUUCAGGAGAGGAUCAAGAUCAAUGGGAAGCUUAACAACUUUGGCAAUUCUUUGAACCUUGAGAGGCAAAAAAUGAAGAUCUGUGUGAGCUCAGAGAUCCCAUUCUCAAAAAGGUACCUGAAGUACCUUACCAAGAGGUAUCUUAAGAAGAACAACUUGAGAGAUUGGCUCCGAGUUGUGGCCACAGCUAAGGACACUUACGAAUUGAGAUACUUCCAGAUUAACAGCCAGGAAGAUGAUGAUGAUGAGGAUAAUGAUUAAGUGUAUAUGCCUUUAGUGUGUGGUCCAAUUUGUUAUUUUUCAAUAAAUUAUGCCACUCACCAA